UUAGUCUCAUCUUAUAAAGGAAUUUCUGCACCUUGAAGCGAUAGUAGCUAAUUGCCAUUUUUGUUGCAGAGAGUUCUCAACCUCCCGAGGCGAUAAACAUCUGGGACUCGGCAGUACCACAGGCGUCAAUUACCAGUUUUAAAGCAGGGUAUGAGCAGGGUAUUCUGAUGCGGUACAGUGGUGAUAUUAACGGUGAAGCAACUGCCGUCGUUGAAGAUAACCAAGUGACGACACUGGUGGAGAGAAGAACAACGAGGCGUUGCACCAGGUCGGAAGAUCGGAAUGGAAGCAGGUCAGAAUUGCUAUCGAGGGAGACUAUCUCGGAGUACUUCUAUAUGCCCAUUACUCGGGCAGCAAAGGAGCUCAACAUAGGGCUUACCCUAUUAAAGAAGAGGUGCAGGGAAUUGGGCAUCCGUCGGUGGCCCCAUCGGAAACUGAUGAGCCUACAGACCCUCAUAAAAAAUGUCAAGGAAAUGGAAGGUGGAGAAGGCAAUGAAGGGAAAAUGAAGGAGGUGGUGACCAUAUUGGAGAGGGAAAAGAAGCUGAUGGAAGAGCUGCCCGACUUAGACCUUGAAGACAAGACCAAGAGGCUGAGGCAGGCUUGCUUCAAAGCCAAUUACAAGAAGAGGAAGCUAGUGGCAAUCACUUAUUCAGGAUCUUCCAACAGCAGCUCCAGAGCUCGAGAAGGAGAAGAAGACGAAGACGAGAUGAGAGCCCUGUCAUCCUUCGAUAAUGAUUUGAUUUGAUGUUUUAGGUCUCAUACCAGUAGUCUCGACUCGGUUCUAGUUUCUUUUUGUUAGUCCUUAGGAUGUUAAUACACAGUAUGCUCUGUCCGUCUGUAAAUAUAAACUGGGGCAUGUACAUUGUUCCUGGUGGGUGACUGUUUCAUGCGUUAAUAUCCAAAAAAUAGGA